ACAGUCGAUUUUCCUACUCUCUCUCCGAUGGUGCUUGAUUUAUCACACCUUUGAUCGCUCAAACAAUAAGCCCGAAUCUGGUGAAGCUGAGGAAUGGCAUCAAUGGUUGCAAAGGCGUGUACUACUACCACUACCACUCAGAUGUCACAAGUUAUGACACUCGCAGAAAAUGGAAGUAGGAAUAAGAGGAAAUUCAGGGCAGAUUCACCUUUAGCUGAUAUGAAUAAAUUCGUACCUGACACUCAGAAUGACUGCACAAGUUACAAAUUUUCUGUGGAUAAAUUUGGAAUUAUCCCAAGCCACAGGAACUUCAAUGGGUGUGAUAUGUGCGGUCUAAAACGUGACAAAUCAGAGAGUUUGAAGCUUGAGCUUGGAUUAUCAUGUGCUGUAGGGUCAAUGGAAACAGAGUCAAGCCGAACAACAACAGAGGAUGUUGAAGGUACUGAAGAUUUCCAUGAUGCUGACUGGAGCGAUCUCACGGAAUCUCAGCUAGAGGAGCUUCUUUUGACGAACUUGGAUGCAAUCUACAAGAGUGCAAUUAAGAGAAUAGUAGCAUGUGGUUAUAGUGAAGAGAUUGCAAACAAGGCUGUGUUGAGGUAUGGGUUUUGCUAUGGAGGUAAGGAUAUUGUGUCAAAUAUAGUGGACAACGCACAAGCUUUUCUCAAAAGUGGCCAAGAGAUUGAUUCAUCCAAGGAGCAUUAUUUUGAGGACUUGGAACAUAUGAAGAACUAUGUAUUGGCUGAAUUAGUUUGUGUUUUGCAGGAGGUUAAGCCUUUUUUCAGCACUGGUGAUGCUAUGUGGUGCCUAUUAAUAUGUGACAUGAAUUUGUCACAUGCAUGUGCAUUGGAUGACCCUCUGUUUAGCUUUACCGGGGACGGGGCUUCAAAUGAAAAUUCAUUGGCUUCUAUGCGACCUCAGUUGAAGGCAGAGUCUAAAAGUAUCCAAUCCAAAGCUGCAAGUUCUGGUCAAGAAGUGGCUUCUGCCUUUUGUGCUUAUUAUCCAUCACUCACAGCUGACACAGCUUCAACUACCUAUGGGCACAGCCCUCAGUCUGAUGCACCUGCAGUAGUUCCACGUGCUAAACCCCAUUCUUCUGUCCUCAAUGGACUUGUCACAGAGCAAGAACGUUCAACUAAAUUGUUUAGCACUGCUGAGAAAUCCCUUACUGCAGCUGGAGUAUCACAUCCUAUAGUUUCAGAGAAGUUUGUUAGCAGUAGAAAAAAUUAUGGAACCACAAAGAGGGAGUAUUGUCUUAGACAAAAAUAUCACCUGGAGAAACACUUAAGAACAUAUGGGUCUAAAGGAUCUAGAGCUGGAAAGGCUGGAAAUGUUGGUGGGUUACUGCUGGAUAAGAAACUAAAGGCUGUGGCAGACUCUACUGGAUUGAGUAUGAAGACUGCCCCUUUCAAGACAAACACGACCAAAGCCGAGGAUCAGUUUAAUUGCAUCAGAAAUCAUAAUGUCUCAACAAGCAAUGGACUUCCUUCGACAUCCAUAUUUGGUUCAGAGGAUCCUAGUGCCACCUUUACAGCGCCUAUUUCAACUAUCCCAUAUCUAUUUCCUCAGCCGAUCGAGACCUCUCCUUUAGUAUCAGUUGCUGAGACCGAGAAUUUUCUCCCAUCACCUUCAAAAUGCAUCUCCAUCCAAAUGCCUAUCAGCUGUUGUGAUGAGGUGCUUAACUAUGGUAAUACCGCAGGAAAAGAAAAACAUAUUACUCAAUGGGCUGCACAUGACAAGAAAGAUGAAAUGAUUUUGAAGCUGUUCCCAAGGGUGCAAGAAUUGCAGAAUCAGCUUCAAGAGUGGACGGAAUGGGCUAAUCAAAAGGUUAUGCAAGCUGCCCGCCGACUGAGUAAGGACAAAGAUGAGCUAAAGAUUCUCAGGCAGGAGAAAGAGGAAUUUGAAAAGCUCAAAAAAGAGAAGAAAACUUUGGAGGAAAACACUAUGAAAAAGCUGCACGAGAUGGCUAGUGCCUUAGGUAAAGCAAGUGGGCAGGUGGAUCGAGCUAAUGCUGCCAUGCGAAGGCUUGAUGUUGAGAAUGCCGUGUUAAGAAGGGAAAUGGAAGCUGCUAAAUUACAUGCAGCAGAGUCAGCUACAAGCUGUCAUGAGGUGCUAAAGAGAGAAAAGAAGACACUGGCGAGGUUUCACUCCUGGGAGAAGCAGAAAAUAAUGUUCCAGGAUGAACUUGCCAUUGAAAGACGCAAGUUCACUCAGCUGCAAAAAGAGCUGGAGCUAGCAAAGGAUAUUCAAAAUAAAUUUGAGGCUAGGUGGAAACAAGAACAGAUUGCAAAGGAAGAAUUUCUUUCGCAUGCAAGAUCACUAAAGAAAGAGAGACAACAAAUUGAAGCUUCAUUUAAAUCCAAGGAAGAUGUGAUCAAUUUGAAAGCAGAAGGCAACUUGCAGAAGUAUAACGAUGACAUUGAGAAGCUGGAAAAGGAAAUAUCCAAGUUGAGGCUGAAAACCGACUCAUUGAAAAUAGCUGCUCUCAGAAGAGGCGCCCUAGAUGGGAGUUACGCAAGUAAACUAACCGACCCCAAAACUCAACCGCAGCCAGAGGAAAACCAUUUACAUCACAUUUCAAGACUGAUAGCCGAUUUCCGUGAUUAUUGCAACAUUGGUGGGGUGAAAAGGGAGCGCGAGUGUGUCAUGUGUUUGUCUGAAGAGAUGUCUGUUGUUUUUCUUCCAUGUGCCCAUCAGGUAGUCUGUACAACGUGCAACGAGCUCCACAAGAACCAGGGGAUGAGAGACUGUCCUUCUUGCAGGAGCCCAAUCCAGCAGCGUAUUUGUGUACGUUUCCCUCACUCUUAGCUUACAUCUGGAAGAGAUAAAAUUAUUAAAAAAAAAUUGUCACUUGCGGAACUCCUGCAUACCAAUAAUGCAAUUGAAGAAAACGAUAGUACCGAAGUUUGUGUCCAGUAAUUGUUACCGAUUAAAUUUUAUUAAGAAAAAACACUACAGAAGUAAAUGUCAGUUGUCAGAAGAAGCUGUGAGGUUUGUAUAUCAUCUUCUCUUCACAGGAAUAAAGUUUGUGGUUUCUUGUUUGAAGUAUUUAUGCAACAUACGUUUUCUGGUAUUGAUUGGUGCUGUGAAUGAUAGUUGAAGGUCCCUUCCUUGAUAUAAUAAGACUAUUGGAGUAAA